CACUCCGCCUUCUUCUACGGAACCCUCAUGGCCCCCCAAGUCCUGCACCGCGUCUGCCACGGCUCCCACCCAACCUCCCUCCCUCCAACAUUCAACCUCACCACACUCCCAGCCCUCUUAUACGCCCACCGUCGCCACCGCGUAAAAGGUGCCGACUACCCUGCGAUCCUCCCGUCCUCCAACCCCCAAGAUUCCGUCCUCGGAACGUACGUCUCCGGCCUCACAGACGGAGAUUUAUGGAGAUUGGAUAUAUUCGAGGGGAGGGAGUACGAAAGGAGAGGAGUGAGAUGUCAAGUGAUUUCCGAACAUGGGAACGAAGAAAAAGACUGUGAAACUUAUAUCUGGAUCUCGCCACGCGAAGAAUUAGAAGAGGAGGAAUGGGAUUUCGAAGAAUUUAAGAAGGAAAAGAUGAGAUUUUGGGUGGGUGGGGGAGUGGAGAGGGAGGAUUAUACUGGUAGG